GUUUGACUUUCACCUCGUGACGCUCCAAUCUUGUCAGUGCGAGGUGUGCCCAUCGUUCGUCCACUCAUUUUCACCCACUUUCUUCCCAUCAAAGCCAGAAACGCGAAAUAGGCGAAAUGUGUUGUACAGGAAAAUGUGCCCGACUGGUGGGCCUGAUCCUGCUGCCUUCGGCCUUUGUCUGCAUGAUAGCCAACCUGCUGCUCUUUUUCCCCGAUGGAAAGAGCCUGGACAAUGAUCAGAUCUCUCUGCAGGUGUGGCUGAUGGGGGGGCUCAUCGGAGGAGGCCUCUUUAUGCUGUGCCCGAGCUGCUCCGCUAUCAGGGCCGGGGGCAAGGGUUGCUGCGGAAAUGGUUGCUGCGGCAACCGUUGCCGGAUGUUGAACUCUGUGUUCUCAUCGGUUUUCGGCUUGGUUGGAGCCGUCUACUGCAGCAGCGUGGCCUCGGCCGGGCUGGCCAUCGGACCCAAGUGUCGGGUGGCUGGAGACGUUUGGACAUACCCCUUUGAGGAUCUCGGGACUGGCAGUGAGAGCUACCUGGUGAACCAGACCAUAUGGAACAUAUGCCAGUACCCCAAGAAUGCGGUGAUGUGGCACGUGGUCCUCUUCUCCAUCCUGCUGUCCGUGGGCGUGCUGCAGCUGGUGCUGUGCGGCAUCCAGGUGGUCAAUGGCUGCCUAGGCUGCAUCUGCGGGGACUGCCGGGACAGGAAGGAGGAUGAAAGUGGAUUGUGAAAGCAUGUGUAGAUGAUGUCUCUAGUCCUUUUCCUCAAGGCUUUUCUCUUCUAUCAAUUCAGAUCUUUUUGUACCUAUGGUACAAUCGCUAAAAGUAGGUAACAUAUUUGGUAACUGCG